UCGUGUUUGAUCAGACAGACGGCACGCUCUCAUUUCACUCCGGUGGUGUUUUCUUAUGGGCUGCAGUCAUGAGGCUGAAGAUCUGCUUGGUUUUCCUCCUCUUAGCGGUGCUCCUCGUACCGGCUGAACUGAAACCUAAAAAGCACAAGAAGCAUCGCCACGGUCAUCGGCAUCAUGAUCACGAGCACCACGGUCCCGGGCAUCACGACAAGAAGAAGAAAGGCCGCUUCGAAGACAUCAUUCAAGACGUCUGUGCGAUCUCUGACGGAGCUGGCCAGGAUGAAGAGGAGGAGGAUGAUGAUAAAAAUGAAUGGCUGUAUGAUAUCCAGGAGCCUACAGGCGUGUGUAACCAAAACCCCUGCCACAACUACGGGGUGUGUAAGCAGAAAGACGGACAAACUAGGAAAUUCAAAUGUGACUGCCAAGAACCGUUCAAGGGGAAGAAAUGCAAGACAGGUCCGAAGAUUUGUAGGAGGGGGAUGUGUGGGCAUGGAGAGUGCGUGCUGACCUCGACCCCCCCGUACUAUGAGUGCAAAUGCAGAGCGCCUUUCCAGCCGCCAGACUGCAGAACAUAUUCAGUGUGUGAGCCGAACCCGUGUCAGAACGGAGGAACGUGCACCAGGGAUGGGAACAACUUUGACUGCCAGUGUCCUCCAGGGUACAGAGGACGAUUCUGCCAAGUUGGCCCUGAUGACUGCUUCGUGGACGAUGGCGAGUCUUAUCGAGGGAACGUGAGUGAGACCGACGACGGAGAUGAAUGUCUCCACUGGAACAAUCACUUCAUCCUGGACAGCGGCGUCAAUCCCUUCAACUCCUUCGAGGACAAAGAUGGACUCGGCCCUCAUAACUUCUGCAGGAACCCGGACGGAGAGAACAUGCCGUGGUGUUUCUUCAGGAGAGGAUGCCGCCUACUGUGGGACUAUUGCAAAGUCACCAAGUGCAGCGAUACAACAGCUGCUCCAACCAGCGUCCCUGACUGCCCUGGGUUUACAUGUACAAAUGGACGCUGUAUUCCUAAAGAGUGGAGGUGUGACAGCGAGGACGACUGUGUGGAUGGGUCUGACGAGGCCAACUGUGCAGUCAUAGACACCAGCUGCUAUGGGUUCCAGUGUGGGAACGGACGCUGUAUUACUAAGCAGCAGAGGUGUAACGGAAAUGAUGACUGUGGGGACGGGUCAGAUGAGGUCAACUGUGCAGUUGAUCCAUCCAGGGUACCUGACUGCACUGGGUUUAUGUGUAAAAACAGACACUGUGUUUACAUACAGUGGAGAUGCAGCGACUGUGAGGACGGGGCUGACGAGGCAAACUGUACAGCUGCUCUAACCAGGAUCCCUCGCUGCUCUGGGUUCCAGUGUGGGAACACAAAGUGUAUUCCUAAACGGUGGAAAUGUGAUGGAGAUGACGACUGUGGGGAUGGGUCUGACGAGGCCAGUUGUGCAGCUGUUCCAACCAGCGUCCCUGACUGCCCUGGAUUUAGAUGUGCAAGUGGACGCUGUAUUCCUAAACAGUGGUGGUGUGACGGAGAUAUCGAUUGUGGGGAGCUAUCCGACGAGACCAACUGUGGAGCUAUCACCUGCAUUCGAAUGUUCAAUUGUGGGAACAGAACCUGUAUGCCUAAAGAGUGGAGAUGUGAUGGAAAAGACAACUGUGGGGACGGGUCUGAUGAGGUCAACUGUGGAGCUAUCAGCUGCUCUGAGUACCAGUGUGGGAACGGACGCUGUAUUCCUAAACAAUGGAGAUGUGAUGGUGAUAAUGACUGUGAGGACGGGGCUGACGAGGCCAACUGUAGAGCCAGCCGCUGCUCUGGGUUCCAGUGUGGGAAUGGACGCUGUAUUCCUAAACAACAGAGGUGUGACAGAGCUGAAGACUGUGGGGAUGGAUCUGAUGAGGCCAACUGUGCAGCUUUCAGCUGCUUUGGGUUCCAGUGUGGGAACAGACGCUGUAUUUCCAAACUUUCCAGGUGUGACGGAUUCGAUGACUGUGGGGACGGGUCUGACGAGGCGUACUGUGCAGUGCCUCCAACCGGGCUCCCUGACUGCUCUGAGUUCCAGUGUGGGAACAGACAUUGUAUUCCUAAACAGUGGAGGUGUGAUGGGGAUGACGACUGUGGGGACGGGUCUGAUGAGGCCAGCUGUGCAGCUGCUCCAACCAGCAUCCCUGACUGCUCUGGGUUCCAGUGUGGGAACAGACGUUGUAUUCCUAAACACUGGAGAUGUGACAGAGAUGACGACUGUGGGGACGGGUCUGACGAGGCCAGCUGUGCAGCUUUCGGCUGCUCUGGCUUCCAGUGUGGGAACGAAUUCUGUAUUCCUAAACAGCAGUGGUGUGAUGGAGCUGAGGACUGUUUGGACGGGUCUGAUGAGGCUAACUGUCCAGAUGCAUCAUCCACUGACGACGACCAAGAUCCCCCCUGCCCCACAGCUCCACCGCCCCAACCCACCCGUCCUCAACCAACAGACGCCAAACCCCCGACCACCGAAAGACCCAGCCAGGAGGCGCCCACUUCUGCUGCACCCACUGUUCCUGUGACCGACCCAAUAACUCUGCAGUUCACCACGUGUGGUAAACCGCAGCCGAAAAAACCCAUCACCAGGAUCUUCGGGGGUCUGAAGGUCGCUCCGGGUGCGAUUCCUUGGCAGGUUUCUCUGCAGGUGAGACCGCGGGGCUCCAACCAGGCCUUCCAACACAUCUGUGGAGGCGUCAUCAUCGAUAGCUGCUGGGUGCUGACGGCCGCACACUGCAUCUUACCGAGGAAGGACAUGCGUGUGUUGAUGGGGUCGCUGUCUCUGGAUACCACUCAACCUACGGAACAAAUCAUUAACGUCCAGGAGGUCAUUGUCCAUGAGAACUACAGAGAGACGCCUACAGCCGUCUACAACGACAUCGCUCUGCUGAAGCUGAGGGGUUCCAAUGGCGUUUGUGCGAAGGAGACUCAGUUCGUGAAGGCAGCAUGUUUGCCUAACGGCCCACUGCCUGAUGGGAUGGAGUGUACCAUUUCUGGAUGGGGAGACACAGAGAACUCUACUUUUGGAACCAACCACCUCCUAGAAGCCAACGUGCUGUUGAUAAAUCAGGAGAAAUGCUCUGAACCAGUCAUUUACGGCAGAGUUCUGGAUAAUUCUAUGAUCUGUGCUGGUCACCUGCAGGGAGGAGUGGAUUCCUGCCAGGGCGACUCUGGAGGACCUCUGUCCUGUAAUGACAACAACUCUCACAUUAUCUACGGUCUGGUGAGUUGGGGCGAUGAGUGCGGACUGAAGAACAAACCCGGGGUGUACACCAGAGUCACCCACUUCAUGGACUGGAUCAGGUCAAAAAUUCGAGCAGCACAAGCGUAAAACAACCUUUAUUCUCUAAACAUGGCUGCAGGAGCCUAAAUCUGGUUUAUGGAGCAGGAGUUGGAUUUUUAAAGACUUUUUGAUUCUAAUUCUGCCGUUACAUCCCUCAGACAUUUGUGUUACUGAGGAUGGAAUGUGUAAUCUCAUCUCAGAUUUGAUCUGCUAGAAUGACAAAACAUGUUUUUACAUGUAUUCAGGACCAAAGCUUUAAUUAAAGAUACACGACAGUCCAUAAAGA